CUCAAGAAGAGAGCGUGUGUUAAGAUGGCGAACACAUUCUCUCGACAAGACUUAAGUAAAACCACUAAAUCACAUAAAAUUCACGCGGUUAAUCAUCCUACAAUGUUUAAAAUCAUUAAUUUUAUAUUAAACUAAAUAAUAAUUAAUGUUUUGUGUGUGUGACUUAAGUGUAAGUGCGAUUUUGACGUGAAAAUGAAGAAAAUCAAGUGCAAACAGCGGUCAAUCAACUUAAGUCUAUGCAAUUAAAUAAUUUAUUUGUAAACAUUAAUUUUCUUCGACGAGUUGGCGGAAAAAUGUGUUUUAAUUAGUGUGAACUUGAUGCUUAAGCUCGAAGAAGUGACUUAAGUGCGUUUCGCUGCAUAAUUUAUGCAUGGAUUAGUUUAUGUGCACAAAAAUGUCACAUCGUGACUUCACUGAGGUGGAGCCGCAGGGGACGCCGGAGCUGCCGCCGAUCAACCGCAAAUUGUUUCUUGAGAAGGUACGACAGUCAAACGCAGCCUGUCAAAAUGGCGACUUCUCCACAGCAGUCGCCCUCUACACAGACGCUCUACAACUGGACCCAUCGAACCACAUCCUCUACUCCAACCGCUCAGCAGCCCGGCUAAAACAAGGCCUAUUCGCCCAAGCCCUUCAAGACGCCAUCGCCGCCAGAGACAUCUGCCCAACCUGGCCCAAAGCCUACUACCGUCAAGGCGUAGCCCUGCAAUGCCUAGACCGCCAUGGCGAGGCCCUCGCCGCCUUCUCUUCAGGCCUAGCUCAAGACCCAACCUCACAACAACUUCUAAGCUCACUUAUAGAAGCAUCACUAAAAUCCCCACUGAAACAUAACCUCGAACCCACAUUCCAACAACUCCAGCUGAUGAAACUGGACAAAAGCCCAUUCGUGCUCAUCUCUGUAGUGGGCCAGGAGUUACUAGCAGCAGGUAUCUAUCACUCCGCUAUAACAGUAUUAGAAAGCGCGUUGAAAAUCGGUUCCUGCAGUCUGAAACUCCGAGGAAGUGUCUUUAGUGCCCUGAGUUCAGCCCACUGGGCCCUGAAUGACCUUGACAAAGCAAUAGGGUACAUGCAGCAGGACCUGGCAAUCGCCAAGAGUCUCGGGGACACUUCAGGUGAAUGCCGCGCGCAUGGCAACCUAGGUUCAGCGUAUUUCAGUCAAGGAAGUCAUAAGGAAGCUUUGACAGCCCAUAGAUACCAGUUGGUAUUAGCAAUGAAGUGUAAGGAUACCCAGGCAGCUGCUUCUGCCCUAACCUCCCUGGGUCAUGUCUAUACUGCGAUUGGGGACUACCCUAACGCCCUGGCAUCACAUAAACAAUGUGUCCAGUUGGUUAAACAGAUCGGGGAUCGAUUACAGGAAGCCAGGGAGAUAGGGAAUGUAGGUGCGGUGUACCUGGCAAUGGGUGACUUUGACUCUGCUGUGGAUUGUCACACCCAACACCUGAGGAUCUCCAGGAGAUUGGGGAAUCAAGUGGAAGAGGCAAGAGCCUUUAGUAAUUUGGGUUCCAGUUAUCAUUACAGAAGGAACUUUGCUCAGGCGAUUGUAUACCAUGAGAAGGUCCUGAGGUUAGCGCAGAUCAUCGGGGAUAAAUCUGUGGAAGCCCGGGCGUAUGCAGGGUUGGGUCAUGCUUCCAGAUGUGGAGGGGAUAAUGUCCAGGCGAAACACUGGCAUGAAAGACAAUUGGACAUGGCCCUGAGUUCCAGGGAUAAAGUUGGAGAAGGUAGGGCAUGUUCCAAUCUAGGGAUUGUGUAUCAAUUGUUAGGAGAAUAUGAUGCUGCCCUGAAGUUACAUCAGGCACACCUUCAAGUUGCUAGGAGUUUACAGGACAGGGCUGGCAUGGGUCGGGCGUAUGGUAACAUAGGGAAUGCUUACUCAGCAGCAGGGUUCUAUGAAUCUGCUAUAAAGUAUCACAAACAGGAACUUCAGAUAUCCAAAGAGGUUCAUGACAGGACCUCGGAAGCAAGCACUCAUGGUAACCUCGCUGUGGCUUACCAGGCUAUAGGUGCGCAUGAUAUGGCCCUGUUACACUACAGAGCCCAUUUGGGGAUAGCCAGAGAAUUGAAAGACACAGCAGGUGAGGCUUGUGCCCUGUUAAACCUUGGUAAUUGUUUAUCAUCACGGAGUGAAUUUGGGGAAGCUAUACCCUAUUAUGAGCAGUACCUGAUGUUAUCCCAAGAGUUAUCUGAUGUUGAAGGUGAGGCCAAAGCUUGCCACUUCCUGGGAUAUGCCCAUUAUUGUAUUGGGAACUUCAGGGAAGCUGUGAGGUAUUAUGACCAAGAUUUGGCACUAGCCAAGGAUCUCCAGGAUAAAAUGAACAUGGGCCGAGCUUAUUGUAACCUAGGUUUAGCCCACUUAGCUUUAAACCAACUGGAUACAAGUCUGGAGUGUCAGAAAUACUUCCUGGCCAUAGCCCAUAUGACUAAUAAUCUUCAGGGACGAUUCAGGGCCCUGGGGAAUAUAGGUGAUGUGGUUCUGAAGAUGGGGGAUGUAGAUGAAGCGGUAAAGAUGUACCAUAGACAAUUAGCUUUGGCCCGGAACAACAGGGAUCGCAAUAUGGAAGCUGCCGCAUGUGGGGCCCUGGGAAGUGCGAAUAGAUUACUGAAAAGGUUUGAUAGCCUUGGGUAUCACACUCAGGAGUUGACCUUGAGGCAGGAGAUGUCUGAGUUGUUGGGGAGUUGUAGAGCUCAUGGUCAUCUGGGGUCUGUGCAUAUGUCCCUGGGGAAUUACACGCAUGCUGUGAAAUGUUACCAGGAACAACUGGAAAGAGCACAGGAGUUACAGGAUUCCACCAUGGAGGCACAAGCAUUUGGUAAUCUGGGUAUAGCCAGACUCAAUAUGGGUCAUUAUGAAGAUGCCAUAGGGUACCUGGAACAACAAUUAGGUACCCUGGAACAGAUAAACUCUGAAAUAGUCAUUCUAGACCGUGCCAGGGCUUUUGGUAGUUUAGGAGAUUGUUAUGAUGCAUUGGGAGACCCUGAAGAUGCUAUCAAAUGCCAUGAGCAGUACCUGAAUGUUGCUUCCAAGAUGAAAAGCCCAAAAGACCAGGAAAGGGCUUAUAGAUGCCUGGGGCAGUCCCAGAAGUGUCUGGGUAACCUACAACAGGCUCUGGUAUGUCUGGAGAAACGUUUGGUGGUAUCCCAUGAACUGGGCCUACCUGAAGCCAAAGCAGCAGCUUAUGGUGAGUUGGGACAACUACACUCUGCUCUGGGUAAUCUGGAACAAGCUAUCUCCUGUCUGGAACACCAGCAGACCAUUGCUGUGGAGUUGAAUGACAAGGUCACGGAAGCUGAUAGUCUCUCCAUGUUGGGUUGUGUAUACCAUCAAAUGGGUGACUAUAGCACCAGUCUAAAAUACCAUGAGAAAGACUUUGACAUUGCUGAGGAGCUGAACCUACCUUCAAAUCAAUCCAGGGCGUGUUCCAACCUAGGUAUGGUUUAUGAAUCCCUGGGAAACCUUGACAGGGCUAUCUACUACCAGGAACAGCACUUGGCAGUAGCAACCAAUAACAAUGACCAAUUGGGUAGGACCCUGGCGUUUAGUAGUCUGGGAAGAGUUCAUCAACUCCUGGGUAACAAAACACAGAGUAUAGCAUACCUUAAAGAGGGUCUUCAGAUUGCCGAGGCCCUGAACAGACACGAGGAAGAAUGUAAAAUCAGAAAUAGGUUGGGAAUAGCAUUAUGGUCUCAUGGUGACCUUGAAGGUGCGCAGAAACAACUGGAAGAUGCUUGUAUCCUUCUGGAGACCAUCAAAAGAGAUGCCAGGAAUAGUCACGCCAGUAAAAUGAUGAUCCAGGAGUUACAGAGUACCAGUUAUCAGGUACUCCAGAGGGUUUUAACAGAAUUGAACAAAACAGAAGAAGCCUUGGUGGUUGCCGAACGUUACAGACAGAAAACCACCCUGGAAAACUCCUCAGACCUGAAGAAAAAAAAACGUGAUGAAGAUCUGCACCCUACCAAUGUCCAACAGAUCCUGGACAUAGUAAACCGGCAACGGGCAAUGGUCCUCUACUUCUCCAUCGCUUCGGGGUACCUCUACGCAUGGUUAAUUGCUCCUACUAAGGGUAUCCUGAAAUUCCACGCCACACCUCUUCAGGAAGACAUACCAGGUCCUUCUGAGUUAGUUGAUGCUAAAUUUAAUUCAGGGCGUCUGGAAAGAUUGGUAUUAUCCGUGCGGGAUAGUCUGGGUGAGGAAUUAUCUCCCUGUUCAACCAUCACAGAAGACCAAUACAAUGAUGAUGCUAUGUCUGAUCGACCUGGGUUCCUACGAAUGGUCAACAGGUCUCACCUUCUGAAUAGUUCCAAUUAUUCAUUGAGUUCCCUGUUUUCCGUUGGUAGUGUUGGAGGUAGUGUUGCAUCCCUGCGAGGGUCAUCAAGAUCAAGUCAAGGAUCAACCCGGAUGAGGUCUUCGUGGUACCCUUGGAAAGGACCAUCGUGUUUCCACUCCCUGUAUACUUUAUUACUACAACCCUUCGAGGAGUACCUGAUGACCAGGAUAGAUGACAAGGAAAGCACCAAAAAAGAAUUGAUUUUGGUUCUGGAAGGUGACUUAUUCCUGGUACCCUUCCCUGUAUUGAGAUCCAGUCAGGAAAAUGCUGAGUAUUUAUGUGAGAGGUUCUCCCUGUUAAGCAUACCUAAUUUAGGCGCGUUAAACAGGAGAUCCAAUACAAAACCUAGACGGAAUCAAGGUCAAGGUCAAGAGGUACCAGCUCAAGGGACAGAAACAGUGAAGAGUUUAAUUGUGGGUAAUCCCAAGUUACCCACAGGGGUUCUAGAGCAAUGGGGGUGGAAGGAUAUACCUCAGGCUGAACAUGAAGCAACCAUGGUCGCUGAAUUACUCCAGACCCACGCCCUGGUCGGAAAUGACGCAACCAAACAUACCAUCAUGACCCAGUUACAGGAAGCUGAAUGUAUCCAUAUGGCAACCCAUGUUUCCUGGAAGCUGAGCUCGUUGGUCCUAAGUCCUGGUGAGGUCUUGGAGAGAACACCAACAAAGAGUAAGAUCUAUAUGACAGAUAUAGCUGAAGAGGAUGAUGAUGGUGAGGUGUCCACUUCUGCAGAGACACCCUCACCAGGUGAGUUCCUCUUAAGCGCAGCGGACAUCAGCAGUUUGAAGAUGCAAGCCAGAUUGGUGGUAGUCUCCUCAUCACAUACCAGGGACCAAGGUGGUUGGGCUAAUGCCCAAGGUGUAUCCACAUUGGUCAAAUCCCUUCUACAAGCUGGUACCCAAGCUGUUUUGGUUUCCCUAUGGCCCGUACCUGAUACCGCAACCAAAAUCUUACUCAGGGCUUUCUAUUCAUCACUUCUUCAGGGUACCCGUGCUGCCAGGGCCCUUUCGGAAGCAAUGCAAACCGUCCAACAUACAAAACACUUCGCACAUCCUGCGAAUUGGGCUGGGUUCCUCCUCGUGGGUUUUAAUGUUAGGUUGUCUAACAAAGUGGCCCUUAUGGGUCAAGCCCUAUGUGAAUUAUUGAAGGUACCCGAGAAGUGUAGAGAUGCCCUAAGGGUUACCCUGCAUUUAGUAGAGAAAAGUCUUCAGAGGAUACACAGAGGUCAAAAGAACGCGAUGUAUACAACCCAAAAGUCUAUCGAGAACAAAGUGGGUACCAUCAAUGGAUGGAAGGAGUUGUUGAUGUCUGUGGGCUUCCGGUUUGAACCUGCUUCAAAUGGGAUACCUUCAAGUGUGUUUUUUCCUCAGAGUGACCCAGAUGAGAGGUUAACUCAAUGCUCAGCCAGUCUUCAGGCCCUUUUAGGGUUAUCUGCUACCAGUCUCCAUGCCCUGUCAAAACUAACCUCAAAUUUCGAUGUGGCUGAUGAUAUCAUUGCUGUUAUCCAAAGUGCUUUGGGGCAAUUCAAUUCGAAGAACCUGGAUACUGAUACGGUUGAUAUAGGGUUGAACGUCAGAUUGUGGCAGGUCCCAGGUUGUCAUGAAUUACUAGCUUCUUUGGGUUUUGACCUCUGUGAUGUGGGUCAAGACAAGGUGACCCUUCGAACCUCAAAACAAUCAAACCGAAGGAAUAUUCAGUUUACCCUCCAGGCUUUACUAGCGUUGUUUGACACCCAGGAGGCCCCGAAGAGUCUAACCAUUGAUUCAUCCAGUAGUUUGGAAAGCCUACCAUCAGAUAAUGAGAUGUCUUAUUCAGAUACAGACAUACCACCUCCUCAAUGUGCAGCUGCAACGUUACCCUUGAGGGUACCACCAUUUUCCAGAGCGGUUUUACCUCGGAAGAAACUUGGAGGUGCGUUUACCAGUUAUGUCCGAAGACGAGGUGAGCCUGAUGGUAGGACAGCGAACCCACCAGAUACUAAAACCCUUCUAGGGUUGGACCUUCAAAGAAAACAAACCUUAGCACGACCUGGGGGUGGGGAGUCAGAUGCUGCAUUCACUCCAAGCCCACCUGUUGUUCUUCAGGGAGACGCCAUUGCUAUGGGGUUAGCUCACCAAACAAAGAUAAGGAGUCUAUACCCUCAAUCUGAAAAACAUGAAGGUCGUCGCCCUGACAGCUCCAGCUCCAGUUCUGUAACAGACUGGGAAAAUUCCGGGUUGAAUACGGUCCUACGAAGGUCACAACCACCCUUACCUCCACCUAGGAUCCCUAAGAAUCUCCUGGACAUGACCCCGUUGUAUAACAACCUACCUUCUGGUUUCUGUGAAAAUUCUUCAGAUUCUGAACUGGAGAAAAUGUUUUCUUCAACUCCCAACGUCCCGAAUCCAGUUGGGCUUACCAAAAUGCAGAGACCCAUGAAGAAACCCAGGAGUACCUGUACCCUGGACAGGCUUUCUGUUAGAACUGAAGGUGUACCUGCUCCUAACCCUUCACCUUCAAAACGAAACAUCCUAGCUUUAUCUGAAGAAAACUUAGCUGGUAAUGCCAAUGAAAGGUUAUUAUACUUCAGACCUAAUGGGGACGAUGAUGGUACUCAUGAUGACGUCAACGAAAGAGGAGGUGAGGUCAAAAAGGCCGAGGAAAGUAAAAAUCUUCAUGAUGCGAUUCUUGCUACGCAACUACGGCAUAUAAACCGGGAGAUGACACCUUCAAUAUCCGAGGUGUACCAUGAACGGAAUAUAGGGUUGGGUCUUGCCCCACCUUUGUCUAAAUUACUACUAAAUCAAGGACAAGUUGCAAUGCCCCAAGUGGAAUCAUCCCUGUUAGAUAAAAUCUCAUUAAAUUUAUUAGAAGAAGAAGAAACAGGGAGUAAUGGUAGUCAGGAAAGUAAAACAGGUGGUACGGUCCCCAAUACCACACCAGGUACCACCUCAACAUUAAAAACAAAGUCAAAACCAUGGUUGACUGAAAACCAAGGGUUACAACAGAUCCACAGCUCAGAUUUGACCACGGCGGAUAUCCUGGAAAGAGAGGUUAAGAACAAGAGUAAAGCUAUGACCAGGGAAGCAACCAGAAUGACCUUGGCCCAUCUCUCCGCCCCAAAAGUGAAACCCGACCAAGGUGACCUAAAAAGGGUCUCACCUUUUUCCGAAAUGUCACGCCGUGAUGAAGGCGACGGUCGCUCCAUAGCAGAUUCCAGUUGUUCCAGUUACAAAGGUACCCAAUUCAGAGGGUACCCUAAUGCUGGUACCUCAUCCACGGAUAAGACCCUUACCCGUUUGGGUAAAAACACUCUGGUACCACAUGUGCCUGUCCCGAUGGUACGACGUACAAAACCCAAUUGAUGUUAAUAUUAAGCAAUAUUUAUUAUACACAAUAUAUUUUUAUACAUUA